AUCAAAACCAAGGGCGCAUCGAAAAUGGAAUCGCUUAAUAAUGACCAAAAUAUUUGCAUUAUCUGUUAUUGUUCUGUUGAUUUUGCUAACCUCGAUUAUAUAUCAUGGCAUUGUAUUGGAAAGAAUGGAUAAACUGAAAGAAAUAGUGGCAUUAAAUGUGAAACAUGAAGAAAGAAAAACCCCUUCCAGUAUCGGCUUAAAUUUAAAAUCGGAAAAUCUUAUGGAGGACGUUAACGGUAAAAUGGUGCCAUAUCGGAAUUUCGAACCCUUGGAAAAUGUACAGUUGCUUGGUUCGGCUAAAUAUUCAAAAUUGCACAUUCAGCACAAACGUUUACAUUUUCGACGACAUAAACGCGAUAAUGAUUACGGCAAUGAUGAAGAUGAUAAUUCCAUGGCAUUUCCAGCGGAUCUGAAUGACAUUGAUGUGGAUUUGUCAAAUGAUGAUUAUGUGGCUAAUGUAAACAUUGAUAAUAUGCAACUUCCUCCUGAACUCUAUAGCUUAGAUCCCAUCAAGGUUCAGCAGGAAUCACUUGACCUGAAAAGUCUCUAUGCGAAGGUACGGGAUAAACGCACCAAACUUGCGAUCAGCAAACUGGAGACGGAGUACAAGCGCUGCAAAAAAGAAUCGGUGGCUAGCAAUGAAUGCAUGGUGGCCUUUAUGAAAAUGUAUAACUUGGCCAAGGAGAUAAACGAGAAGAUGGAAAAAAUGAAGGCGAUUUUCAAGGACAGCGAACAAUUGAUGCAAAUAUCGUCGGAAAGUCAUGAAUCGAAGGAGACGGGCGAGGCGACAACGGAACACAUACAAAGUGCCCCCACAUCAACUUUGGCUGUUGUCUCAACAACAGAAACUACUGUGGUCCUGGGGACAACGAAAAGUUCUGCAACGACAACAGCCGUGGAAGAAAACACCACUCACAAAAUGGAGAAAAUUGAACCGGUACAAUUUAGUUGGAUUCUGGAUGGUUUUGAUGGGGUAUCCCAAGAAGAAGGAUUUGCACUAUUGCCCGAAUCGGUAACAACUCUUGCAACGCCAACGACAACGCCUGCACUAUUCACAACUGUUCGGGGGGACACUUCAUUCAUCACUAGCAGUUCCACAGAUAUUGAAUUGAAAGAUUGGAAUGCUUCAACGCAGGUGUCAGGUAAAAUUGUACUUGCCGAAGAUAGUCAACUGAAUUUGGAAACCAAAGCCACAACUACACAACGAAUUGAUCCGGAAACAGAUGCUCCCACAACGACAUCUAGAGCAGAAAAGUCUCAAAAAAUUAGUUGGAUAUUAGAUUUUCAAGAUAGUUCGGAAAAUUUUGUUAUAACCGAUGAUCACUUUGAAGAUGCUAGGGCCACAACGACUGCAAUGACAACCGUGACCACAGAGGGGGUGCACUCUUCCACUUCUGUAACUACAACAGCCACCGAGGAGACGGCUUUAAAUAGUUCAACGGCACUUAUGCUGGAUUCACAGCCCACCACCAUUAGUAUCAAUUUAUCGACAACAGAUGUCAGCACAAUAUCAUCUUCUGAAUUUACAUCAAGUCCAGACACAACAACAACAACAAGUACCGAUGACAAAGAACGUAAGCUACAGUUUGAAUGGAUUAUAGAUGGAGAAGAAAUUCCAGACGAAACAACACAUGCCAGUACAACGAAUGCCAACGAAUUGGCAUUUAAUACGACCACAGAUAUACCAACAAAUACGACAACAAUUGCAUAUCCGACUAAACCGAAACCGAUUAAAUUUAGUUGGAUCAUAGACAGUGAUGUGAACAGUGGUGAAAAUAAGAUGUCCACGACAACUACACCCAAGCCAGUGUUCACCGAUAAAUCCAGUAAUCAAACUUCAGCAAGAUUUUGUAAUUCUACCAAAGAAGAAACAGGAGCAGGAGGAGAAGAGGACGAUUCAUCGCGAGAGGAAACAAUUUGUAUUUUAAACGCUGAUCAACAACGUGCCUUUAGUGAAGAGGAACAUCCCUUGGAUAAUCCCAGUAGUUUGGAGAAUAUGCUGGAAACAUUGGAACGCAAUUCGUUGGCUUCGUCAAAGUCUUCGUUUGCCACUACGACCGGCACACCGGGAGUUUUAACAACCGUGAUGUCGUAUAACGAGACAAGCAUGGAUGCCCUGGAACACCUGGAAUGGGAAAAGAAAUUCCAACAGGCGGCAGUGAUGAGCAACAGUGAUGAUAUUUUGGAUACUUUUGGAGAGAUGGAUUAUAAAAGUGUGGCAAAAUUUGGCCCGAAAUUAAAUCCCGUUAAUCCAAAUAAUUUUGCAGCUGAUAAUCAAUUUAUGAGUUUGUGCGAGCGAAUGGCAAAGAGAAUGCGUGACAAAAGUGCCUCAGCUAGUGGACAACAACAACAACAACAACAGCAGCAGCAACAACAACAGCAACCAAAACCCGAGACGGAACCCGAAUCAUAUACACCGGCAUCGGUACAAUUUACAAGUCGUGGACCGGUUGGUGGUUUUCCCGUUACCGGUGAAACUAUGAAGGCAUCCGCCCAGUUUAUGUUUAAUCCGAAUUAUGGCAUGCCCUCAAUACCCAUUUGUUUCUAUGUAUCACCGGCCAAUGUGCGGAUGGUGAAUCAGGUGCCACUAUGGACGCCCUCAUUUUUUGGUAUGGCGGGUGGUUUUGCCGGCUCCAGCGGUGGUGGUACCGUGGGUGGUGGCGGCGCUGGUGGACCUGGUGGUAUAUUCUUUGUACCACAAAAUUUUGGAACAACUGGUAAUUUCUUUGGGCAUUCGGCGGGAACAGCAGGAGGGGCACAAGGCAAUAUUCCAAAUAUUUUCUCGAAAAAUGCCUCACCCCAGAAACAACAGCAGCAACAACAAAGUCACCAACAAAAACAACUAUUUUGUACUUAUGUCAAUAAUCACGGCAAUGCUGGUAGCCAGGGUGGCGUUGUUGGUGGUGUCAGUGGCCCCGCCAAUACUGUCAGCGGUAUGGGCUUCUCAAAUGCCAAUUUCAAAAUGCGCACAGAUCCGGCCAAUAGCAGUUUGUCCUCGGAUAUCAUCUAUGCCUCCUAUGCAGAUCUGCCCGAUCAUUUGGGCCAUGAAGAUCACUUCAAAUGUGUCACAUCGGGACAGAUUGCCUGUUACGGAGGCAACGAAUGCAUCAUGGAGAGUGAAUGGUGUAAUGGCAUGGUGCAGUGUAGUGACGGCAGUGAUGAGGCGGCCUGUACUUGUCGUCAGCGGUUAUCGGAUGAUCGCAUCUGUGACGGUUAUCCCGAUUGUCCUAUGGGGGAAGAUGAGCGUGGUUGUUUCGGUUGUGAUGAAUUUAUGUAUUCCUGUUACGAUAGUCCACGUGAAUUCGAAAUGAAUAAUCGUUCCAUGGUAUCGAUGUGCUAUAGCCUGUUGGAGAAAUGUGAUGGAUUUAGGAAUUGUUUAAAUGGUCGCGAUGAAACGGAUUGCAGCAUUAUUGUUAAUGAUGUCACUCAUCAUAUGUCACAUUCAGCAUCAUCUUCCGAGGGUUAUUUGUAUCGCAAUCAUCGAGGAGAAUGGUAUCCGGUAUGUAAUAAUGGCGAAACAUGGGCUUUGGAAGCGUGUAAAAACGAAGGUGGUCUCAGCGGUAUACCAAAGUUAUCUUUCAAACCGCUAUCGCUAACGGGUCCAUUUAUUGAACCUGCUCGUAUUGGAAGUGCCCACUUUCCACAGUCAUGUCACAAACGAAAUAGUCAUGAUGAACUGGUGGAUCAUAUAGCCUAUGUUAAAUGUAUGCCACCACAAUGUGGAAUAUUACGGCAGGAUCCUUCGGUCGUGAAGUCCAGAUAUUCCAAACGUCUGGCUAAGCUGCAAACGUCCGUGAGCAAUAAUCAAACAAAACGUGAACUGGAAAAUGACAAUGAACGCAUAGUGGGUGGUGUACACAGUAAGCCCAUGGAAUGGCCGUUUGUUGUGGCCUUAUAUAGAAACGGGAAUUUCCAUUGUGGCGGUACGAUUCAUUCGGAAUAUUGGAUAAUCAGUGCGGCCCAUUGUGUAAUAAAUUAUCACAAAUACUAUUAUGAGGUUCGUGCAGGACUACUGAGGCGAACAAGUUUCUCCAUGGCCACACAAAUACAACCGGUGUCGCACAUUAUUGUACACCAGGCCUAUGAACGUCGCAGCAUGCGAAACGAUUUAUCCUUGCUGCGAAUGGUUAAACCGCUGCAGUUCAAUCGUUGGGUUAAGCCCAUUUGUCUGCCAGAUAUUCAGAGAACCACAGGUGGAGAGGAUUGGAUAUGGGGUCCGCGUGAAAAUACCCUAUGCACCGCAGUUGGUUGGGGAGCUGUCCGAGAAAAGGGCCCGGGAAGUGACUCACUGCGCCAGGUGACAAUUCCCAUACGCAAGGGCUGCAUCGACAAAGAAGAUCAAGAAGCAGAAGAUAUUUGUGCUGGCGAUGAAGAAGGUGGUCGUGACGCAUGUCAGGGUGAUUCUGGUGGACCGUUGUUUUGUCGUAGUGUCACAUCUCCCGAAGAAUGGUAUUUAGCCGGUGUGGUUAGUCACGGAAAUGGUUGUGCCAGACCCAAAGAGUUUGGUGUCUACACUCGGGUUGCCCUCUAUUUAGAUUGGAUUACGAUGGCAAUGCGUCCGGAAUUUUUGCCGAAAAUUCAACCACACAAGUUAUGUCCUGGAUAUGUGUGCGUAUGGGGUGGCAAACGUUGUAUACCGCAGCGUAAGCGAUGUGAUCGCAUUGUCGAUUGUUUGGGUGGCGAAGAUGAAGUGGGGUGUAUUUACAAUUUUAUACCAGACAUGGGUGGAAUGCGGGAGAAUACCACAGAAAGUGACUAUCAUCCGGUGGUGGUGACGACGCCAAUUAAUAAAAUAAGAGCUUUCGAAAUCGAGGAUGAUUUGGAAAUAGGGACAACAAGUACGGCGCCCUUGACUUUUACAACAUCUACAACAAAUACUGAAAUUUCCACAACGGAUGCUAGCACCACAACCAUUGAAGUUAUCACCGACAUAACAACCACUGAUGAUAUUGUGACGACUACAUUUGAGACAACGACAAAUUCCGAGCAGACAGAAACCACAACGGGGGUCAAAAUAUUGGAUGCUAGUGAAAAGACUCAAACAGCUGCAACACCUACAAUAAAAAUGGAAACACCAACGGAGAGUAUUCCAACAACACUAUUUACUAGAUCUAUAACGCAUGGAAGCACGAUUCCGCUGGACGGUAGUACGAGUGAAGAAGUAAUGGAUAAAUUAACAACACUGGGUAUGAAAAUAGAUUCUGUAGACGAUGCCACAACUGAUGCUCCAGACAAAUUGGAAUCAACAAUGCUCACCGAUAUGACAUUCUCUGUGGCCGAAUCAAAAAUGACUUCGAUAAGUACGGAUGCACCUUCAAAGAUAGCGGCUGUAAAUACGACAGUAUCUUCUUCGCCCGUUCCGCCUUCAAAUGUAACAAGGAAAUUUGUUUGUCGAAAAAUACCGCAAAUAAUUGAAAUGGCAAAUAGAUGUGAUCGUUUUGAGGACUGCGAAGAUGGCACCGAUGAGGAUGAGUGUAGCUGUCGUGAUUACUUAAAGGGAAAAUUAAGUAUUCUAAUAUGUGAUGGUAAGUCGGAUUGUGAGGAUUUGACCGAUGAAGAUGAUUGUGGUAAUUGUACAUCUGAUGAGUUUUUAUGUCCCCUAACAAGGACAUGCAUUCCAUUAACAAAACGUUGUGACAACAUCAUUGAUUGCCGUUUCAACGAAGAUGAAAAGGAUUGCUUUGCCCUCACCAAUGGCAAGGAAGUCGUUUUGGAUAGUCAUCGACAACCGAUACUAAAUAGUGCUGGCAUUUUUUCCCGCAACAACAAUGGCAUUUGGCGAAUUGUCUGCACCCAUGAGACAUCAUACGGCGAUCACAAUGCCAAGACGGCGGAUGAAGUGUGUUCUCUGCUCGGUUUCAAGGGUUAUAGUUUUUACAAUACCACAAAACCGACAAUUUACGAUCACAUUAUCCCUAUAAGCCCCGAUUUGCUUAUGAAACCUCGCCUCAGUGAUGAAAUACAAAACACGGUCGGUGAUAGUGAAUAUUUUACGGCUGUGCAAAGUAUUUUCCCCACUUUUAAGAAUUUGCGAACAAUUCGCAUUGAACAAUCGAAGGAGGUUUGCUUGGGUCUGUAUGUGGAGUGUGUUGCCAAGUCCAAUAAAGCGGAACCCAUAACAGUAGUAAGUGCAGGAGAACCAAAACCCAUUGAAGAAAAGAAACCCGAACAGCUGCAACCAUCAAUUGAGACUCACAAUAGACCCAAUGUUUUUGUUAAGCCUGAAGCGAAUGUGGAAAAGGAACCACUAGGCGAGGAGGUAUUAGAGAACGUAAUUGAUCCAAAGAAAAAUAUGACAAUACUAAUCGAUCACGAGCUACACGAGAUAAUUGAGGAAAUCCAUUGGCCAUGGCUGGUUGACGUUUAUGCCAAUGGUAGAUUAUGGUGCUUGGGCGUUUUGAUGGAUAAACAUUGGAUAAUGGUACAUGAGUCCUGUAACUAUGGCAUAAGAUUAAAUUUGGAUUAUGUCGCUGCUUUGUUUGGCGGUGGCAAAACUAAGAGUAGAGCUCAUAAAAGCACUCACGAGGAAAUACGCCGCAUCGAUUGCAUGGAAGUCAUUCCGAAUAGUGACAUUUUAAUGAUGCAUCUUGAGAAGCCGGUCAGAUUUUCACACUUUAUUUUGCCGACAUUUGUACCAGAUGGCUCAAUUUUGGAUGACAAACACGAAUGCAUAGCGAUUCUUCACGAUAACGAAAAUGGACGAGCAAAGGCGGUUUGUUUGGAAGAACAAAAAAAUACGGAGAUAUGCAACACUAAAGGCAUGAAUUGUUAUCGUUUUAAUGAGAAUAAAUCAACCGUUAAACUUCAAAGAGAUUCCGACAAUUUAAUUGAUAAUUCCGCUGAGGAGAAAAGUUCAGAAGAAACUGACCACAAUGAAAUAAUAUCCACUGCCAGCAAUUGUACCCAGUUCGGCGGUAAGAGUACGAAAGCAGAUGGCUUGGAACCCAUCGAACAGGGUAUUGCCGUUUGUCGCAACAACAAUACAGGUUGGUAUCCCAAUGCUCUUUUCUCAUAUAACAACACGAAUUGUAGUAGUUUUAAGCAGUAUUUUGCGGUAAGAAAUCUGGAGGAGGCCUAUCAAGGUAUACAGGAUGUGAUGGAUAAUGCACAGUGUAAAUUCCCAUUUGAGGCACCCUUCUGUUCGACACUGAGAUGCCCGUUGGGGUUAUGCUUAAAUACUACACAAAUCUGUAAUGGUAUAUCGGAAUGUCAUGAUGGUAGUGAUGAGCGACCUGAAAAGUGUCGACUUUACAAAAAUGCUUGUAGUCCAUCAGAAAUGAAAUGCCGUACCUCCAAUAAAUGUGUACCGAAAUCGAAAUUCUGUGAUCACGUUGCCGAUUGUGAAGAUUUAACCGACGAACCGACAGUAUGUUCGUGCUUUACAUAUUUGAGAGCAACUGAUCCCUCAAAAAUAUGCGAUGGGAUAAGAAAUUGCUGGGAUAAAAGUGAUGAAAGUCCUGUUUUAUGUAACUGUACCGCCAAUCGCUAUCCAUGUGGACCAUUGGGUGAGGAGUGCAUUCCCCGAGAAUUUGUUUGUGAUAAAGAACCAGAUUGUCCAAACGGCGAAGAUGAACGUUACUGUUAUGGUUUGGAACAGCCCACAAUGACAAAACAACAAAUGCAAAAGCAAGGUUUUCCUCCAAUUUAUGUCCAUAGUGAUAAUGUCCAGCCUACCUCAUACGGCCAGGUGAUUGAACAAAGUUAUGGUGUCUGGCAUACAAAAUGUUUCCCCAAAUCAAAUCCUCCAAAUGUACAGGAGGUUCGACAGAUAUGCACAAAAUUGGGCUACAAUCCAUACCAGCAGCCUAGUUAUCGUCUGAUCGAUGACAGCCUCAACGAAGUUGUCGAUAUACUGGAGGCGCCCGAUCAACGCGGACGUUCGUUCAGCAAUGACAGUAUAGCAGAUAUGUAUAGGCCACCAACAAAGGCGGUUAUAGCGAAUAAAAUGUCACCAUUAAUGCUGAAUGAUGACCUAAUUCUAUUUAUGAAACCAAGUCGACCGAUUGCCCGGUUGGAACGUUGGAAUUCAACAGAUUCCGAGCAGUGUUUAAGAUUAGAAGUUAAAUGUUAAUAA